AUGGCUCCAGUUGCUCCCUACCUCGAUAUUCCUGACCUCAAAUUCUCCUCCCUCGAACUCGAUUCCCGUUCCUCCACGCCCGACGAAUUAUCCGACCGCUCUUUUGUCAAACGAGAUGUACACUCCAACCCCAUCGACAACCCUCUUAUACCACGGAAUGAUGAUGCGACGCCAAUCCUCUCUCCAAUGGACACCUUCAAUGUCCUCACCGCCAGAGAUUCAAAUCCUACUCACAGCCGGGACCCGAAUCCAGGUGCAGGCUCCAUUGACCCCAACGACAUCAACAUGAAAGGUAUUCAAGCCUUAUUUGCCAUAAUUGGGGCAUCUUUCGUCCUCGGUGCGAUUUGGUUCUUCUUCUGGGCCAAGAACGGUGGCUUUCAAUGGCGUAAGGGUGACUGGGAAGAGUAUAAGUCCACGGUUUUGAGACGAAAAGGUCCGAACGGAACGACCCUAAGCAAUGCAACCAAGAGCACAAUCCUCGGUGGUGGCAGUGUCGUUGGUGAGGGCUAUUCGGACAAAGAUGCUGCUACUGCGGCCGAUGGGACCAUGACGGAGACCAUGACGGAUCUCUCGUCUGAGGCACCCGUUCUCAGGAAAAAGCGAUCUAAGAAGAAUAAAGCCAAGAAGGAAACGGCCAAAGAGAAAAAGAUUCGAGAAGUCAACGACGCCAAAUGGGAAGGAGGCCAUGAUAGUGACGUCCGUGCAUAUCGACAUGAGAAGCCCGCACGCGUCGGUGGUCUCAACAAGGACUCGGACGCUCAGUUCUAUGGCACCGACUACACCGAAACCGACCGUGGCGGCAGUGACACGAACAGCAAUAGCAAUCGACAAAGUUAUGCAUACGGCACCAAUCGACAAUCAUCUCGACAGUCGAGUCCAGACAAACGCCAAAGCCGCCGUGACUUCUCAUUCGGCCAGGAAGAAACUUUCGGUGUUUCGACGCCUCCACCGGCUGCUGCACCAUCGCUUGCUCCUCGUCCAGCAAGAUAUCACUCGCCCAGCAAGAACCCCGGUCCUCAACGUCCCAUUCGAAGUGUACCUGGAUCAUUCACCGAGCCUGUGGACUUCGAUGUUCAGAGUCAAAAUACCAAGAGCUACCAUCACCCUAUCCCAGGUUUGAAUGGUCAGGGAAAGGCCGGCGGAUAUAGGCGUGAUAGACGAGAUAGUCUAGAUGACUGA